AUGAACAUUAUAGGCCAAUUCUUUUUUCCACUUAUCGGUCGCUCAUUCCCACUUAUUACUCGCUCGUUUCCACUUAUUGCUCGCUCGUUCCCACUUAUUACUCGCUUGUUUCCACUUAUUGCUCGCUUGUUUCCACUUAUUGAUCUCUCCUUCUCACAUAUUGCUCGCUCGUUUCCAUUUUUUGGUCGCUCGUUCCCACAUAUUGCUCGCUCGUUUCCACUUGUUACUCGCUCGUUUCCACUUAUUACUCGCUCGUUUACACAUUGCUCGCUUGUUUCAACUUAUUGCUCGCUUGUUUCCACAUUGGUCGCUCAUUCUCACAUAUUACUCGCUCGUUCCCAUUUUUUGGUCGCUCGUUCCCACAUAUUGCUCGCUCGUUCCCAUAUAUUGCUCGCUCGUUUCCACUUAUUGCUCGCUCGUUUCUACUUAUUGCUCGCUCGUUUCCACUUAUUGGUGGCUCCUUCCCACCUAUCGCUCGCUCGUGUCCACUUAUUAGUGGCUCAUUCCCACUUAUUGCUCGCUCGUUUCUACUUAUUGCUCGCUCGUUUCCACUUAUUGCUCGCUCAUUCCCACAUAUUUCUCUUACUUCUCGCUCCUUUCUACUUAUUGCUGACACUCCCACUUAUUGUUGGCUUCUCUACUUAUUGCUCGUUCCUUUCCACUUAUUGCUCGAUCGUACGCACUUAUUGCUUGCUCCUUCCCACUUAUUGCUCGAUCGUUCCCACUUAUUGCUCACUCCUUCCCACUUAUUGCUCGCUCCUUCCCACUUAUUGCUCCUCCUUCCCACUUAUUGCUCGAUUGUUCAAAACUUAUUGCUCCCUCCUUCCCAUUUUAUUGCCUCGCUCCUUCCCACUUAUUGCUCGAUCGUUCCCACUUAUUGCUCGCUCCUUCCCACUUAUUGCUCGCUCCUUCCCACUUAUUGCUCGAUUGUUCCCACUUAUUGCUCGCUCCUUCCCACUUAUUGCUCGCUCCUUCCCACUUAUUGCUCGCUCCUUCCCACUUAUUGUUGACUUGUUUCUACUUAUUCGCUCGUUUUCACUUAUUCCUCGCUCUUUUCUACUUAUUCCUCGCAUUUUCUUCUUUUGUUUUUCUUUUAUACUUUUACUUUUUCUUCUUUCUUUUUUAAUUUCAUUUCUCUUUCUUUUUGUUUUAUUUUUCUUUUUUCUUUUAUUAGUUUUCUUUUUCCUUUAUACCUAUAGUUUAUUUUAUUCUUUUCUAUAUUUUCUUUUAUUAUUUAUUUUAUUCUUUUCUAUAUUUUCUUUUAUUAGCUUUUUCAUUUAUAUCUAUAGUUUAUUUUAUUCUUUUCUAUAUUUAUAUAUUAGCUUUUUUAUUUAUAUCUAUCUUAUUUAUUAUUUAUUUUACAUUUUUUUAUUUUCUUCUAUACUUUUUAUUUACUUUUCUUUUGUAUUUUUAUUUAUUCUUAUUUUUUAUAUUUUGAUUUUUCUUCUUUCUUGUUUUUUUUUCUUCUUCAUUUUUAUUUAUAUUUAUUUUUUAUUUAUUUUAUAUUCAUUUUUCUUAUAUUUUCUUUAUUUUACUUUUUCUUCUUUAUUAUUUUUCUUAAUGUUUUUUUCUUUUUUAUUCCUAUUUUUUUCCUUCUUCAUUUCCUUCAUGGUUUCUUAA